AUGCGAUUGAUCACAUGGAAUAUCAACGGCAUCAAGACACUGCCGCAAUACAAGCCAUGGAACGAGUGCAAAGGCAACUAUGGUCAGAUGCUCGAUCUGCUCGGAGGCGACAUCGUCUGCCUGCAGGAGACGAAGAUCACCAAGGACAAAAUCGAACGCUCUAUGGCUUGUCCGGACGACUAUGACGCUUUCUUCUCGAGCUAUUGCCGCAAGCCGCCAAAGGGCUACUCAGGCACGGCCAUUUACACCAAGCGAGCAGCGACGGUGCCCCUUCAGGCCGAAGAAGGUCUGACUGGUCUCAGCUUGAGCGGCGAGAAGGAUAGGGAUGAUCUGGCAAGACAAGACCGGAUAGGAGGUUAUCCCACACCGGCGGCCGUCGAGCUAUCCUCAUUUGAGAUGCGCGACAUCGACAGCGAGGGCCGAACGACCGUCGUCGACCUAGGCUUGUUUGUCCUCAUCAAUGUCUAUUGUCCCAACGAGACCAAUUCGGAUCGCUUGACGUUCAAGAUGGCAUUCAAUCAUCUGCUCGACGAACGCGUACGGCAGCUUAUUAAGCUCGGCCGAGAGGUCAUCGUCGUUGGCGAUCUCAAUAUCUGCGCCCAGACGAUAGAUCACUGUGAUCCCGAGAAGCGCAAAGCAGAACAGAAUCUGGACGACUUUCAAGCCCAUCCUGCUCGCGCUUGGCUGUCUGCCUUUAUCGGCGCGAGCGGCGUCAUGAUCGACUCGACACGCUUCUUUCAUCCCACGCGCACCAAUAUGUAUACCCACUGGGAGACCAAGAUCAAUGCUCGUGUGACCAAUUAUGGCACUCGGUUAGACUACAUCCUGGUGACGCCCGGCCUACUGCCUUGGAUCAAGGCGGCAGACAUACAAGCACAUGUCGUGGGAUCAGAUCAUUGCCCUGUCUUCAUCGACUUUCAUCCUGAGAUAUCGCUAAAUGACGGCACUAAGCAGUCUCUCUGGGAAGCUGUCAAUCCCGGGCGAGAGCGCGUCGACCCGGUGCCCGACCCGCCGAGAAUGGCAGCAAGAUACUACAACUCUUUCGCAGGCACGCAGUCUCUUCUCAAGACUUUCUUUGUCAAGAAGAAGGAUGAAUCGCCUGUGCAAGCACGCACAGUAACGCCUUUACCUGCGCCGGAGAUGCGACGAGAUGCUUCGACGUCGCGAGUCUCUGAAUCACCCGAAGCGCCUACGCUGGCCAGCGCCUUUGCGACAAUCAGAUCGUCCAAACCGGAACGACAUGCUACGAUAAUGAUUGAAGAUGACGAUGACGAUGAUGAGAUUGCUGAACAUCCACAGCCUCGCUCGCGAUCCACGUCUACGGCGACAGCGCAGUCGAGCCGACCGCCUGACAAGCGACCAAGAUCAGAUUCGGCAAGUAGGAGCCAGCCGCCAAAGAAGCAGCUCAACGUCCGGAAUGGACAAUCCACUUUAGCAUCUUUCUUUGCCGAUCCAGUGUCUGGUAAGACACGCAGACCCGAAUCCGACACGAAGAAGCGCAGGUCAACAGUGCCUGGCAGCCAGAGUGAGAAUCUAGAUGAACCUAGCUGCAGCGCAUCUACGUCUCAGCGAGCCUCAGCAACUGCGAGCGAGACUGCGGCUCAAGCCGAUGGAUAUGAAAGGCUGCCAUUACAAGACAGCGACCCGCAGGCGGCAUCGCAAUGGAACGCCCUCUUCUCACCUCUGGCGGUUCCGCUGUGUAAGAUGCAUAAAGAACCUUGUACACUCUGGACAGUCAACAAGCCUGGUCCAAACAAGGGUAGGAAAUUCUACCUCUGUUCUCGUCCCGUCGGACAAGGCCACGAGGAAGCUGCUAGCAAAAACAAGAACGUCAUACUCAAUCCUGACUACAGAUGUAAUCACUUUGAAUGGUCGCAAAGCAUGGGACAUGUCUUAGCGCCCGAUGGCUUGAGCUACACUGUGUUUGAUAGCGAGGAGGUCCAGCAGAGCCAGCCGUUCGUGCCGUAUGCGCCAUACCACGGAUAUCAUGUCCGCGCUCAUUCGAGUGGCGACGAAUACGCACGAUCAAGGCAGAGCACGAUCAGUCAGGGUAGCGUCAUCUAUGCGAUGCCUGCCGAUCAUCAGCAGAUCGUUCCGCCCGGCAUGUUGCCUACCAUCCCACAAGGCAUGCAAUACUAUAACGUUUGCCACCAAUGCCAACGCAAUCCCUGCGCCUGUCGGCCGAUGUAUUCCAGUCAACAUGUGUACGAUAUACCAACCUACGAUUCACAUUGGUAUGCACCCUGGCCUGCAGCUCCCAUGUCCAAUUCUUGGCCACCUCAGGUUUCCUGGAGAGCCCAGCGUCCAGACGUCGUAUCCUCGCAAAUCGGCAGAGUCCACCCGAAGAGACCUCCUCGACAGGAAGCAUCCAAAUUCCAGGCUCAUCAGGCAAAUCAGCCCGUCAGCGGCACACGCUUCGUGCCAGACUAUCGGCCUCCGCCAUUGCCGUCCGCAUGGGCAAUGUGGGUCGGCAACGUCUCGCGCGAUACCACUCACGAACAAUUUUCGCAUUUUUUCCUUCAUCUGCCCACGCCACAAUCAUAUUGCGGAUCAGAGGAGAUCGCUACUGCACGAUCAGAGCUCCGCAAAAGGGGAGGCAGCUUGGGACACGAGCUCGACGCUGCCGCGCUCUCCACGACAGGCGUAGACAGCGUGCAUCUUCUGCUACAUGCAAAUUGUGGAUUCGUCAACUACAUCUCGGCGCUACACCUCAAAGUGGGAAUUGCCACUGGUAACGGGCUACAGCUCAGGCCAGGCUGCAAAGGCUCCAAACCGUUGGUAUGCCGUGAGCGAGACGAUGGCGAUAAGACCGGCGUAACGAGUCAGCAUGGCUUCGCCGUGGCACGAUCGACGUGGAAGACUCAGCCACGGAACGAGACGACGCUCAAUCGGGCCUACCGCACGAGCCAAGACGUCUUUCUCAUCUUUAGCGCCAAUGGCAGCGGUCAAUUCCUCGGCGUUGCACGCAUGUCAGGAAGCAUCGCAGGGUCUUCAAACGUCAAUGCAUUGACAGAUAAACUCCGUGACGAGAUUGCCACGCCAACGGCAAUCUCACAUACUGAUGGCGAUGUACUUUCGCCGGAUGGAGGUGUCCCGGGGAUGGUGCCUACAAAUUCACCUGUCGUCGAGGAGCCGGUGAUCAUCUCCCCAGGUGUCGCGCGAGAUCUCGCGCCAAAUCUCGAAAAGCAGGAUCUCAGCGUGGCUAACAUGGCUGGCCGUCGCCCGGCAGAAUCCGCUGCGACGCGACGAGCGCGAGAGAUCGCUGGCAACAGCUCAACAUCCACGCCUACGAGUUCUAACACUGGAGGAGGUUCCAGUCAAGCUACAAACACGACCACUGCAACGUCUCUAGCCAGUCUUGUUAUCUCACCAGAAAAAGACGAACCCGUCCAUCGCAAAGCAGCCGACCAGCUUUCUCCAGAGCCUAGUCGAUACUUUGCUCUGGAGUGGGUCGCUGUCCGUCCAUUGUCAUUUGCAAGCACAAAGCAUCUCAAGAAUGCAUUCAAUCGGAAUAAAGAAGCCAAGAUCGGUCGAGACGGAACAGAACUCGAUCCUCUACUUGGCGACGCCUUACUGAGAGCAUUUGUAGAAUAA